AUGGUUAUAGUUUUUCAGAUAGGCUGUACCGGUUAUUGUUUCGGUGGGCUGACUUGCUUGGAUCUGGCACGAUUCGAUGUAGGUUUGCAGGCGGCAGUCUCAUUCCACGGAACAUUGACCAACUAUCCAGGAAACAAUACCUCUAUCGGAGCCUCAGUUCAAGCACAUCACGGCGACAUUGACCCACAUACUACCAAUCAAAAUGCCGCUGAAUUCCUCGAUGAAAUGAGAGCAAGACAAGCUGAUUGGCAUUUCACCUCGUAUGCCGAUGCUCAACAUGCAUUCACCGUACCAUGGGCAGCCAACUGGGGAAUCCCUGGGGCCGCAUACAAUGAGAAAGCCGAUAAACGAGCGCACAGAGCCAUGGAAGGAUUUCUUGCAGAGAAACUACUCAAUUAG